CCAUAAUGUCUAACCCAAGAGUGUUCUUCAGGAUUCAAACAUUGGUAUUAUGAGAGGUUACAUUUCAAGCUUAUUGGUGAUUAGUGUUGUACUCAAGUUGUGUUAUGGUUUUGUACAUCCUAUUGCCAUCCAUGGUCGUUACUUUAUAGACACAGUUACAAGGGAGCCAUUUUUUGUGAAAGGUGUUGAUUACCAGCCUGGAGGAUCAUCUGCGGUGAAUGAGCAACAAGACCCAUUGUCAGAUCCAAAUGCUUGUGCUCGUGAUAUAAUUUUGUUUCAAGAGUUGGGUGUUAAUACCAUCAGAGUUUAUUCCAUCAAUCCAGAUCUCAACCAUGAUCACUGUAUGACAUUGCUCGCAUCAGCUGGUAUUUACCUUGUUUUGGAUGUUAAUUCCCCUUUGGAAAACCAACAUUUAAAUAGAUAUGAACCUUGGACAACCUAUAAUGAGGAUUAUUUGGAGCAUGUUUUCAAAGUUAUUGAACAAUUCUCUUCAUAUAAUAACACCCUUGGUUUUUUUGCCGGUAAUGAGAUCAUAAAUGAUAAGAAAUCAGCAAGAGCUUCACCUGUGUUUGUCAAGAAAUUAAUCUCAGACAUGAAAACUUAUAUUGCACAACAUUCACCAAGAUUCGUUCCAGUUGGUUAUUCAGCUGCUGAUGAUUUGAGUUAUAGAAUUUCAUUAUCCAAGUAUCUAGAGUGUUCAAAUGAACGUUCAAUCCAAGAUGCUGUUGACUUUUAUGGAGUGAACACCUAUCAGUGGUGUGGUGAGCAAACAUUUUAUACAAGUGGGUAUGAUGUUCUCGUUGCAGAUUACGAAGAUUAUGUUCGUCCUGUGUUUUUUUCAGAAUUCGGAUGUAAUGAAGUGACUCCAAGGUUAUUUGAAGAGAUUGGUACCAUUUAUUCUAAUGAUAUGAUUGGUGUGUUUAGUGGUGGAUUGGUUUAUGAGUUCUCUCAAGAACCAAAUAAUUACGGCUUGGUGGAGAUUAAUCAAUAUGGGAAUGUUGAAUUGUUACAAGAUUUCGAAUCUUUGAAAAACCAAUAUGCUACAACUGAUGUACCUAAUGGUAGACAAGUUGCUGAGUUAUAUAAUAGAGACGGUAAAAAGCAAAAACUAGGUGCUCAAGCUAUCCCAGAAUGUGAUGAAGAGUAUGAUAACUUGGAUAUUUCAAAGACCGUGGAUGAGGGCAUUGCAGAAGACUUGAUCAAAGAAGGUGUUGAUAGUAAGAAAGGGAAAUAUGUUGUUUUACAAGAAGAUGAUUUUUACACUUCUUAUAACAUUACCAAUGUUGAUGGUACACCUUUCAGUGGAGAUAAAUAUGUUAAAGUGACCACUUUGAUUGAUGGUAUUACUGAAUAUGAAGCACUUCGUUUACAAGCGUUGGAAAGUGACGGUGAGUAA